AUGUCGAUUCCCAUCCUUCCCCCCACUGGCGAGCCAGCCGAGUACAACAAUAACUACAUUCUUUAUUGGAACAACCUGGCCUUGGACCUAAACCGAUUGUCUCACUCCCUCGCAACUAACCCCCAAGGCGGCCCCGCUGCAUCAUCGCGGGUGCUUGGUAUCUUGCACCUUGCCAUCCAUGACGCCUUCUUCGCCAUUCACCCUCCUGCUGAUGAGGCCUUCACCCCCUAUCUUCCUCAGCUGCCGCCUCACGACGGUUUGACUGAGACACGCACAGCAGUAGCAGGUGCCGCCAUCACAGUCCUCGAAACCUUGUACACGACACCCUCGCCCAGUAUCGCCAGGAACACGACCUUUGCCCUGAGACAGAUGAUCAGCCAAUCCAUUGACCGAUUCUCCAACCUGGAUGCCAGACUCCCCGAAUACCGGUUUGGCGCUGAUGUUGCCAGGGCCAUCAUCGAACUACUCAUCCCUCCCAGCGACCCCGGCGUUGGCCAGGGUGCUUACCGCCCCAAGGGAGGUCCUUACAAGUUCCGCCCCGAGCCCAAUCACCCGGUCAGACUGAUCCCUAUCGACCCCAACAACCCCAAUGGUCCCAAACAGGCCGUUGCCGAGUCAUAUGCUCCUUUCUAUGGCAACGCUAGACGCUUCGCUGUCCAGACUGAUAACCAUCUCCUCGCCGAUCCACCGGCCGGUGCGGCACGCGAGGACGCCGUCGAGGAUAUCGACUCCCUGGUCGACGCGAUCCGCUCGGGUGCCCUCCCGGACGACAACCGCAACCGCCGCAGCCCGGCACAGUCGGUCACGGGUUACUUUUGGGCCUACGACGGCACGAACCUGAUCGGCACUCCGCCGCGGCUGUACAACCAGAUUCUCCGCAAGCUCGCCUUUGACCGCCGCCCGGACCAAUCCGACAUUUCCAGCGACGCCAACAGCGCCGACUUUGCCCGGCUGUUUGCCCUGUGCAACGCCGCCAUGGGCGAUGCCGGCGUGUUCGCGUGGCGCGAAAAGUACACCUUUGAGUUUUGGCGGCCUCUCAGCGGCAUCCGUGAGCACCCCUCCGACCUGGGCGACCCCUUCUUCCAGACCAUCGGCAGCCCCGAGACCAACAACAACGGCAUCAACUUCAAGCCCCCUUUCCCGGCCUACCCAUCCGGCCACGCCACCUUUGGCGGUGCCACGUUCCAGAUGGCGCGUCUCUACUACAAACAGCGCGACAAUCUCGACUUCCCCGACGACGGGGCCGACAACAUCGCCAUCGAGUUCGUGUCGGACGAGCUCAACGGCAUCAACCGGGACCUGCGCGAGGACUACGACGCGUCGCGCCCCAUCACGGAGCAGGUCGGAACGGUGCGGACGCGCGUCCCGGUCAAGUUCGAGUCGCUGUGGUCGUGCAUCCACGACAACGCCCUCUCGCGCGUGUUCCUCGGCGUCCACUGGCGCUUCGACGCCUUUGCCGCCCAGGACGUUCUCUUGCCCAACCCGAACCAAGAACCAGGCGAGGGCCCGUACCAGCUCAACCCGGACGGAUCGACCAAGUACAAGCCCACGGCCGAGGUUCGGUACGAGGCCCGCGCUACCAGGUUCGACAGGGAGGGCUUGUUCCCGAUCGGUGGUGUGUCGCUGGGCUUGGGCAUCGCGAACGAGAUCUUUGGGGCCAACCUCAAACCUACCCCCGAGGAGGCCCAACCUGGUGGUGAGGGCGUGAGUCAGAUCCAGGGGCAGUUGAAGGAUCAUCAGGUGGAGCAAAAGACAUUGAACGGAGCCAAUGGGAAAAAGUAA